AACUCCUGAAGUCAAGUGAUCCUCCUGCCCUGGCCUCCCAGCGUGCUGGGAUUACAGGUGUGAGCCAUUAUAGCUGGCCUGUUUCUUCAAGUAUGUUUUCAGCUUAAAACUUUUUUCAUCUCUCCUGUUGCAGCUCCAGUGCACAAAUGCUCGGCUUUUGAGCCUGGCGUACGUUCCCUGAAGCUCUGUUCAUUUGGCGUCCCAGUCUUUUUUCUGCUCAGACUGGAUGAUUCUGUUGCUGUUUGUAUUCACUGACUUCCCCUCUGUCAUCUCCAUUCUGCUGUGGAGCCGUCCGUUGAUUUUUUAUUUUAGUUAUUAUAUUUUUAAACUCAGAUUUCCACUUGGUUGUAACUUCUGUUUCCAUACCAAGACUUUCUUUCCUUUGGUUCAGGAAGGUUUGGCUUUGCUCUGAGGAGCUGGUAUGGCAGCCACCGUAAAGGGCGUCUCUUGAUUAUCAUUUGCUUGGAGAACUAAUCAGACGUCCUGCCUCUCUGUGUGCCACGUCAUGCUGGGUUACGUUCUGGAUGACUUUGAACACGAUGUUACGAGACUCUGGGUCUUGUUUGAGUCUCACAGAGAGUGUAGAUGUUUUUGUGACGGCAGGAAAUCGGCCUGUCAGGUCUGGGCAGGUUUUGACCCCUCUCCUGUGGCCAUGCUCACAGGCCAGUUUGGCGCCAGCGCCUUCACCAACCUGUCCCUUAGGCGCUGUUCGGGGCCAGUUUGAGACCGGGGCGAUGGUCUACCCGUAGGUCAGUUCUCUUUGGUUUGCCACUUAGGGUCAGGUUCACACGUGGACCAUCCUGGGACUAGCCAGGUGCUCACAUAGCUGUGUGCAGCCCGUCAUACCCUCCUCUCACCACCUCCCACGCCUGGGCCUCAGGCCCCUUUCAGGUCCCUUCUGCACCGUGGUGCUCGGGACAUAGCCUCCCCAGGGUAGAGCGUAGAGGAUGGGGAGCGAGAACAGUGGGGGCCCCUGUGCUCUUGGGGCCCCUGUCCCCUCAAGUGCUGGGUGCCUGCUGGGCCGCUGCCACCAUCACAGGGCUUUAGCAGGGGCUACGCUCGCCUGCUGGCAGAGCCAGCAAAGACGACGCAUAAUAGAAAGAACCAGGGCUUUUUGCCCUCUCUGCUCUUUAUGGGUUUCCUUGCCCUUUCCCCAGACCGGAGAGAAGACUUCUCUGACUCGGGCCUGGGGAGCGACGCUGCAGGUCCCGGGCGGCCUCCCCAGCCGCGCCAUGGCCACCCCAGACGUGAGCGUGCACAUGGAGGAGGUGGUGGUCGUGACGACCCCGGACACCGCGGUUGAUGGCAGCGGCGUGGAGGGGGUGAAGACGGUGCUGGUGACGACCAACUUGGCUCCUCACGGGGGCGACCUGGCCGAGGACAGCAUGGAGACGGAAAACGCAGCAGCAGCAGCCGCCGCUGCCUUCACAGCCUCCUCGCAGCUGAAGGAAGCCGUGUUAGUGAAGAUGGCUGAAGAGGGGGAGAACCUGGAGGCCGAGAUCGUGUACCCCAUCACCUGCGGGGACAGCAGAGCCAACCUCAUCUGGAGGAAGUUUGUGUGUCCCGGUAUCAACGUGAAGUGCGUACAGUACGAUGAGCACGUGAUCAGCCCAAAGGAGUUCGUGCACCUGGCGGGGAAGUCCACACUGAAGGACUGGAAGAGGGCCAUCCGCAUGAACGGCAUCAUGCUCAGGAAGAUCAUGGACUCCGGGGAGCUGGACUUCUACCAGCACGACAAGGUCUGCUCCAACACCUGCCGCAGCACCAAGAUCGACCUCUCGGGAGCCCGCGUGUCCCUGAGCAGCCCGGCGUCUGCCGAGUACAUCCCGCUGACGCCCGCUACGGCCGAUGUGAACGGGUCUCCUGCGACCAUCACCAUAGAGACGUGUGAGGACCCUGGCGACUGGACGGCGGCCAUUGGAGAUGACACCUUUGCCUUCUGGCGGGGUCUGAAGGACGCCGGGCUGCUGGACGAGGUCGUGCAGGAGUUCCACCAGGAGCUGACGGAGACCAUGAAGGGCCUGCAGCGGCGGGUCCAGGACCCCCCCCUGCAGCUCCGAGACGCCGUGCUGCUCAACAACAUCGUGCAGAACUUCGGCAUGCUGGACCUGGUGAAGAAGGUGCUGGCCAGCCACAAGUGCCAGAUGGACCGCUCGCGGGAGCAGUACGCCCGGGACCUAGCAGCCCUGGAGCAGCAGUGUGACGAGCACCGCCGGCGCGCCAAGGAGCUCAAGCACAAGUCGCAACACCUCAGCAACGUGCUCAUGACGCUGACGCCCGUGUCUCUUCCACCCCCCGUGAAGCGGCCCCGGCUGGCACGGGCCACGUCAGGACCGGCCGCCGUGGCCUCGCAGGUGCUCACCCAGUCUGCCCAGAUCGCACUUGGCCCGGGCGUGCCUGUCUCCCCGAUCACCAGUGUGCCGCUCGGCAAAGUGGUGUCCACCCUGCCCUCCACGGUGCUGGGCAAGGGCUCCCCUCAGGCCCCUCCUGCCAGCUCGCCGGCCUCCCCGCUGCUUGGGGGCUACACGGUCCUGGCCUCCUCGGGCUCCACCUUCCCCAGCACCGUGGAGAUCCACCCGGACGCGUCCAGCCUCACGGUGCUGAGCACGGCCGCCGUGCAGGACGGCAGCACGGUGUUCAAGGUGGUCAGCCCCCUGCAGCUGCUCACUCUACCUGGCCUGGGCCCCACCCUGCAGAGCGUGGCCCAGGCGUCGCCGGGGGGCAGCACGAUUGUGACAGUGCCGGCGGGGGCUGCCCCGGGGCCCGAGGAGCACACGGCCACUAUCGAGGUGGCCACCGUGGCAGAGGACCACGAGCAGAAGUAGCCGGCGGGAGGCGAGGCCCCUGGGGCGGACAGGGCAGGCUGCCUCUCCGCGGCCGCAGGCCGGAGCGCAGCGCGAGGCCGCAGGGCCAGCUUGGGCAGGCGGGUCACGCGGGCUGCUGAACCAAAGAGAGGAAUCGCCAAAACAAAUCAAGAGAAGAGAGAAAGGGACGAUGAGAGCAACCUGGAAAAUCGGUCUUCAAGUUCCAAACUUCCUCCCCCUUUUUUCUUGGGAAAUAUAUUUUUCCAUCUGUUGCUUAUUAAUACUGUUUACACGCUGGGCCGUGGUCAGGAGCCAGGUGGACGAGGACAGGAGGAGGCCUGGGUGCGGAGGGUGCAGGGGCCAGAGCCUCGCGGCGGCGCCGAUUGCCCGCAGGCCCUGGAGGUGCUGCGGCCACGCCGUGCUCGGGUCACUGCGGCCCCGGGACCGCGCCUGCCGGGCGACGUUACUACACAUGUCUUGGGAACCCCUCCCAAGUGUGGAAACCCGUGGAUCCUAUGGAUUUGGUUUCUUCCCACAGUUUUCUGUAGGGUUAGUGUGGCCUGCGCCCUGUCCCCUGCCUGUGUGGGAGCCUCGCCGGCGCAGGUCCCGGCGGGCUCCGACCUCCCCGCCCCGGCAGGUGCUGAGGUGGCCGAGGGGCCGCACAGACUAGGCGUGGCCGAAGCGCCGUUGCACAUGUGCUGCAGGUGUUUUUAAGUGAAUUGCUUAGUAGGCUUCUAGGAAGAGUCAAGUUUAUAGCGUUUUCAACCAAAACGAUGCUGAGUGCCUAGGCUUCCCAAGUCGGCUCUAGGGUGGGCCCAGAGCCUGUGUGUUCACCUGACCAGGUGCAGAGUCCUAGGUGGCGCCCCCUCCCAGGACGGCCCCUGCUAGGUCUGAGAUCGUGGGCGUGUCGCUAAGGCUUGGGUCGGAGAUGUGAGCAGGAGAGGUGCGGGGGGGAUUGCCCCUUUGGCUUGGGGAGGCUCAGUGUGGCCCCUGAGUGCAGCUUGCUGGUGGGGCCGCCGUGAUGGCCCCCAGUCCCCAGGCUCCCUGGGUGUCCCUUGGCUGAUACCCGGGGGUCCUGGUCCAAGGGAGAGCCCAAGGCAUCUGCGGGGGCCGUCCAGAGCGGGCUUGUUGGGGCCAGCUGGGGAAGGUGCAGCCCAGACACACCGGCAGGGCCGUCCGCAGGCUGCCUGCAGUCUGGUCUCACUAGGAAAACCACGCAGGGGCCAGAUGUCUCGGGGGCAGCGACCCCAGGCCUCCUGCUGUCGCCGGCAGGGCGUGUCCUGGAGCAGGCCUGGGCGCCCGAUAGUGGGAGGGAGCCUGGUCCCACCCGGCGGCUCUGGAGGGAACCAGCUGCCCACCUGUCCGUCUGUGGGGUGCCCUGGGCCCCACCUGGGUGCUGUUGUGAUGGGGCCUGUCCUGCCCCCACCCCUUGUCAAGCUACUGAGUUUCUUUUUUGUUUUCUUUCUGUUACAUUUCUGUUGGCUGUUGUCACGAGUCAGCUGGUUUGGCACAGUGUUUACAUGUCUGUGUACAUACCCCUUUUUAGACCCAUUUUCACUCGCGGGUGAGUCCUGUCCAGUGCGUCAGCGGGGCCCUGUGCCCACCCACCAGCUCGGCCGCUUGGCGGACGCAGCUCUCUGGCCGGAGAGCCUGGGGCCUUCUCUGCUUCCCUUAGUGCGGGUCUGCACUCACGGCCGCCUGCUCAGCGGACUUGAAGGGUUGUGGGUCAGUUCUUUCUUUCUGUGGCAGGGCAAGGGGGGACCUGUUCUGCCUCCACCCCAGCUCGAGGGGCACUGGAGGGUGCUGACUCCAGAGCUCACAGGGAUGCGCCGGCUUCACAGCUGACCCUGGCCGCGCUCCCCCUGGCUGGGGCCCUUCCCAGUGCUCCCGGGAAGCCGCUGACAGACGCCUGCUGUUCUCGCGGCUGCUUCUGGCAAGGGCUCCACGCCCCAGCUGGGGAAGGGCCCGUUCUCAGGGCCACCACACGUUGGGGAGGGUUGUCACCACUGUCCCCAGCACAUGCCCCUGCGCCCUGCAGGCUCCCAGGACCUCCUGGUCCUGCUCCUCAGGGUCUGACUGGGACCUGGAAGGGAAGAGCCUCUCGACACCUACACACACGGGUUUUGUGGCCGCCUCUGGUCUGGCUUUCGGAGGAGGCAGGAUUGGUUUGUUUCUGCAGAGAGGGCGAGAACUCCUCUGUGUGCGCUCAGAGGCACCCUGGGUAAGGGCCGUGUUUAAGUUCUGCUUUGUAUGUUCUUUUGCAAGUUUCUGCUUGGUACUUUGGUUUAAAAUAAAAACAUUUUUCUUA